AAACCGGUUCCGGUUGGAAUCGGUCCGACUCGGUGGGAAUUUUUACGGUAUGGGGUCGGAUAUCGAGGCGUUGGGGCUGCUCUGGUGGGACGAGCAGCUUACCCAGUCGACCGUACCCUUCCGCGACGUCUUCUUCCCAGCAUUGCUAUGCGCCUGCGAUCCUCAGCCACUCCCUUCCGAGCUCUCGCGCGACGAAUUGCGCGUCGUAACGCAAUUUUGCUUCUCGCCCAACGCGCGUCAAAGCGAUCAAGUGACCAGAGAAGACGUGGGAGAGCUCAAUUCAAUGCAACACCGUGCUUUAUAAUGCUUAUUACAUGUUCUCUUCAUUGCUAUUGUUGCAGUUCCGUCGCUUCAUCGCCCGCUUCGGACCGCUCGAGUUAAGUCUGUCCAAAUUGGUGGCAUGCUUCAGCGAAAACCACGAGUUGGUGCCUUGGUUUCAUGGAGAAAUAGGGCGGGUCGAGGCCGAGAGUGUGCUGUCCAGUCGAGAACGCAGCGAUGGGGCAUUUCUGGUGCGGUUUUCCGAGUCUCAUCCGACGAAAUUCACACUCACAUACCUCAAAAUUCAUUCGCCGAGUUCGAAUACUCCGGGGCGACGGGAACUGAAGAACUGUCUUGUGAGCAAUCUGGGGGCGGCGGGGUAUGCACUUACAGAGGCGGUAAGACGUGGAGGUGCGACUGCGAGUGUUAGACAGCGCACGUAUCCGUCCAUUGGAGCGUUUAUCCAGUCCAGCUCCGGAAGACUUAAAUACGGGGUGGCCUCGGAGUUCUCUGCGAAGUGCAAUCAGGAACUGGCGGCGGUGAGAGCCAUGCAGGACCAACAAAGCGACUCGUAUGCGGCAUUUAGCACCGAAUCUUUUGGGAACCCUGAGCCAUCGGCUAACACGGCAGCGAUGCUGUUUUCGCGAACCCCUCCAUCGCAAUCGUCGUUUCUCAAUAUGCCAUCGUUCAGCGCAAACACUAGCAACACAAGCGGAGCGAUCUCUGAUAACUACGCAAGUUUUUCGUUGGAUUCACUAGCGCCGCCUACGGUGCGUCGUGUGGAAAUACCAGAGAAUGUGCCGCCCACUCGCCAUUACGAAGACAAGAAACUUGGCCAUGGAACAUGGAGCGAUGGGAAAGUUUCGUCUGCGUCGGGACCGCUUGCUAACGACUAUGGGAAUUUUGCAACUUUUGCCCAACAGCGACAGCCUGAAGAAGAAGCACAGCCCGCAGCAGCUCACGGUUCCAGCAGUACACUGCACCGUACACCUGUAUCCGAUGAGUACGCCUCAUUCGCGAACUUGGCAUCCACAUAUCCACACGAGUCGCAGCAAAUGGCAGCACGAGUUCAACAAACCACUACGUUCUCAAGGUCACCACCAUCUACAAUUCAACCAGGUUUUGUAAAUACUGGAGCGUACGGAUCCUUUGCAAGCGUCACUGUAAGUAAGCCAACAGCAGCAUCAGCAUCGAACAACGGGAAUCCACGGGAUCAGCCAGCUACCGAUGACUAUGGCAGGUUUGCUUCGCUGGCAGACGAGCUUGAGGAAAAGAGACCUCAAUGGGAGCAAACACUAGGACCCCCUCCUCCUCCCAUGACCGUGAAGUCCAGUUUUGAUAACAAGAAAGCUUCUUCAAGCACCGAUAUUUACGGAGACUUUGCUGCUUUAUCACUCGCUGGGGAUGGAGCGCCAACACACAAGAGACCAGCAGCGUCACCAAAGUCGUUGCCGCCUCCAAACUCGGACGUGUACGGAUCUUUUGACCCUACAGCGACAAGCCCGGCGACUCAAACCACUCCAACUACCUCCGCACUGGACGAACUCAACGUCGGGAUGGAGUUUUACAAGCAGAAGCGGUUAGAUGACGCACUUCUCCGCUUCAUGUUGGCUCAAGAAAUGGCGCGUGCAACUGGAGACCAGGUCGUCGAAGCGCGCGCACUUGGCAAUCUGGGCACCGUGUACUUGGACAAGAAGAAUCCGCAUCAGGCUGUGCGUUGCUACCAGCACUGUCUCGACAUCACUCGCGCCAUUGAGGACACCAAACGGGAACGUACCAUCCUCAACAACCUCGUCCUUGCGUUAGUAGCAAGCGAGGACUUGGAACGUGCACUCGCGUGCUGCCAAGUGCAGUUGGAGACCACUACAAAUGCCAUCAACCGCCGCAAAAUUAUCUCCCGCAUGAGUCUACUACGCGAGAAAAUGGCGCGCCAAGCCACAUCGUGACAACUAACUAUUGUAGUCAGUUAAAUAAACUCGUAGACAGCAGCUACAAAGCAACUGAUGCCUGAGUUAUUGCUCCAGAUGGGUCGUGAGGUGAAGGUGCAACCACAACAGCAGCGGGGAGAGGUGGAAGUGCCUCAAAGAAGAGCUGGUUGAGCGAUAGUUUGACACUUUCGUCA